AUGAUCGCAACAUGGCCGACGACGGGUGAGUACUCAAUGCACGCUCGUUUCGUAGGCAAGACCAGCAAAUGUACUGCCGGACCAAGAGUCGUCGAGGAUCCUUACUCGCCUACAAGUGUGCCAUGUGUCGCAGCAUGGGCAUUGCAGGGAACCUAG